GCGAUUUGUGACAUUUUUUGUUUUGCAGCAAGAAAAACAUUACGAUUGUUGUAGCUAGUAAAUGCCACUUUUUGGUAACAUAGAUAUUAAUGGUAUAUACAUUGUUGGAGUAUUCUUUUUUUUUUUUUUUUUUUUUUUUUAGAUAGAGGGGAACAUAUUAAAGAUUUAUCAUCCCGAUGUAUUUAUUUGUAACUAGCUGGCUAUUCAGUGGCCGUUAACUAGCUAGCUUAGCUAGCUAGCCGGUUCGGGUAACGUUAGCUAAGUCACAUCGCCUAUUCUUGGUUGCCCUUUCGCCAGUAAAAAGGACGAUUUUAAGAUGAAAGGAAAGCUUAGCUAACUGAAUGACAAACAGUGUAUCUGCAAAUUCAUCUAGUAACUGUAUCAGCAUAAUCCCAGGGUGGGUGGCUUUUGACCUAGAGGGCACGGUCUUGCUAUGGACAGCUAAGAAGAGAUUGGUUGGAUGUGAUGGUCAUGUAACCAUGUCUUGUAAAUCCACCAAAGUUGCACCAAGUGUUGAUUUCGACCAUAGCUGCUCGGACAGUGUGGAAUAUUUGACACUUAAUUUCGGCCCAUUCGAGACUGUCCAUCGCUGGAGAAGGCUCCCACCGUGUGAUGAGUUUGUCGGUGCCAGACGCAGCAAGCACACCGUUGUGGCAUACAGGGAUGCCAUAUAUGUAUUCGGGGGAGAUAAUGGGAAAAACAUGCUGAAUGACUUGUUGCGCUUCGAUGUGAAGGACUGCUCAUGGUGCCGAGCCUUCACCACUGGCACGCCACCUGCACCCAGGUAUCACCAUUCUGCCGUGGUGUAUGGCAGCAGCAUGUUUGUGUUUGGGGGUUACACUGGCGAUAUCUACUCAAACUCCAAUCUUAAAAACAAAAAUGACCUUUUUGAGUACAAGUUUGCAACAGGACAGUGGACGGAGUGGAAAGUGGAGGGCAGUUUGCCUGUGGCCAGGUCAGCACAUGGUGCCACAGUGUACAGUGAUAAGCUAUGGAUAUUUGCUGGCUACGAUGGAAAUGCCAGGUUAAAUGACAUGUGGACCAUCAGUCUUCAGGACCGAGAGCAUGCCUGUUGGGAGGAGAUUGAACAGAGCGGUGAGAUCCCUCCCUCCUGCUGCAACUUCCCUGUAGCCGUGUGCAGGGACAAGAUGUUUGUGUUCUCCGGCCAGAGUGGAGCCAAGAUCACCAACAACCUCUUCCAGUUUGAGUUCAAGGGCCACAUGUGGACGCGCAUCCCGACUGAACACCUGCUGCGGGGCUCCCGCCCCCAGAGGCGCUAUGGCCACACCAUGGUGGCCUUCGACCGUCACCUGUACGUGUUUGGAGGCGCGGCCGACAACACGCUGCCCAACGAGCUGCACUCCUACGACGUGGACUCCCAGACCUGGGAGGUGAUCCAGCCCAGCCUGGACAGCGAGGAUCCCCUUGGAAACGAGAUGACCUCAUCUCAAGGGUCAAUCCUGAUGCCCAGUGGAAGACUUUUCCACGCGGCCGCUGUGAUCCAGGAUGCCAUGUACAUCUUUGGGGGAACGGUGGACAAUAAUGUGCGCAGCGGGGAGAUGUACAGAUUCCAGUUUUCUUGCUACCCAAAGUGCACGCUCCACGAGGACUAUGGCAAGCUGUUUGAGAACCGUCAGUUUUGCGAUGUGGAGUUCAUCCUGGGAGAGAGGGAGGAGAGAGUCCUUGGUCAUAUUGCCAUCGUGACUGCAAGAUGCCAGUGGCUGAGAAAGAAGAUCCUGCAGGCCCGGGAUAGACAGAGACAGAGGAUUAAACAACAGGAGAACAGUGAGGAGGGGAGUGAGGAGGGGGCGGGGGCCGGAGGUCCCAGGGAUAUCCCAGGGGGCACCAGGGCUUCGGGGAACCAGCCCAUGCUGGAGGUGCACAUCAGAGAGGCCGAGGCCCAGCCCUUUGAGGUGUUGAUGCAGUUCCUGUACACAGACAAGAUCCAGUACCCGCGCAGAGGUCACGUCCAGGACGUUCUGCUAAUCAUGGAUGUCUACAAGCUGGCGCUGAGCUUCAAGCUGUCGCGGCUGGAGCAGCUGUGUGUGCAGUACAUCGAGGCGUCGGUGGACCUUCAGAACGUUCUGAGCGUGUGCGAACAAGCCAACAAGCUGCAGCUGGAUCAGCUCAAGGAGCACUGUCUUAACUUUGUGGUGAAGGAGACUCACUUUAACCAGGUGAUCAUGACCAAGGAGUUUGAGCACCUGUCCACCCCUCUGAUCGUGGAGAUAGUCCGGCGGAAGCAGCAGCCUCCCCCUAGGGUGUACUCGGAUCAGCCCGUGGACAUCGGCACCUCCCUGGUGCAGGACAUGAAGGCCUACUUGGAGGGAGGUGGCCUGGACUUCUGUGACAUCGUCCUGCUAUUGGACGGACACCCGCGGCCCGCCCAUAAAGCUAUACUAGCCGCCCGCUCAAGCUACUUUGAGGCGAUGUUCCGUUCCUUCAUGCCCGAGGACGGCCAGGUGAACAUAUCCAUCGGGGAGAUGGUACCCAGCAAGCAGGCCUUUGAGUCCAUGCUCCGCUAUAUCUACUACGGCGACGUUAACAUGCCUCCUGAAGACUCUCUCUACCUGUUCGCAGCGCCAUAUUACUAUGGUUUCUCCAACAACCGGCUUCAGGCCUACUGCAAGCAGAACCUGGAGAUGAAUGUGACGGUGGAGAACGUCCUCCAGAUCCUGGAGGCGGCGGACAAGACCCAGGCCUGGGACAUGAAGAAGCACUGCCUGCACAUCAUCGUCCACCAGUUCAUCAAGGUGUCCAAGCUCCCCAACCUGAGGUCCCUCAGCCAGCUGCUGCUGCUGGACAUCAUCGAGUCUCUUGCCUCACACAUAUCAGACAAGCAGUGUGCAGAGAUGGGCUCCGACAUCUAGGACCAGGCUGCUCACUUCUCCCUACCGCCUACCGAAGCCCUCCAUGUCUGCUCCCUCCCUCUUUAGUCAUUCCCUUACACCAGUGGAGGCUGGCGGAAGGAGAAGUGGGGAGGAUGGACUCCCCUGCCCUCCCCAUUUCUCCUUCCACUAGCAGCCACUGCCUUAUACGUUACUGUGGGCCUUACAUAGCAUUUCUUCAUCCUUGUCUUAAAUGUCAAUUUGUAUCUAUGCUGGGUUACCUUGUAUCAGCUCUCUUAUUGGAAAAUGAUCACCUGAAUGUGUACAUCUGGGCCAGGCUUGAGAAUGCUGACCUUCACGAUUGCGCUAGCAUGAAGUAACCUUCCGUUCAUCCUUGUUUCAGUUAGCCUGAUUUCAGUUAGCAUGGUUUAUAAGUACCCUUUUUCAUCUACUUAUUUCCUCGUAUAUUCAUCUUCUAAUUUCAGAAAUGGUGUAAAAAAGAAAGUUGAAUUCUCCUGCAUAGUAAGAGUACAUACCACAGGAGGUUGGUGGCACCUUAAUUGGGGAGAACGAGCUCGUGGUAAUGACUGGAGCGGUAUCAAAUUCAUCAAACAUGGAUUCCAUGUCUUUGAUGCAAUUCCAUUCGCUACGUUCCAGCCAUUUAUUAUGAGCCGUCCUCCCCUUUGCAGCCUCCACUGGUACAUACUGCAUAUGUAUCUAUCAUAGAAUAAUUAUUUAUGGUUGCACUAUUACAAAAUACAUUUGACGAAGUAUUUAAGACAUAGUUGCAGUACGUGGUCAUUAUUCCGAGGGGAUUCGGUUUCCCUUAGCAACUAAUUCAGUGUGUUCAUUGAAUGGCUAAGUAUUUCCAACCUCUGCUUCGCGGUCAAGAUGGUUUCAGAUUAGCUAUGGCAUGUCUAGUACUUGAGUGGUGUCUAUCUAAGCUUGGGAGAACCAUGUUUAGUUUAACAUUGACAUUGGAAUUGAAUGGAUGUUUAACAUUGACAUUGGAAUUGAAUGGAUAUUUAACAUUGGCAAACACAGGACCUAUAUUUCUAAGUCUCUGAACCAGCAGCGGCUGUACAGUUUGCAGAAAUAAGCCCACUCAAAUACUCUGUUUUAGUUAUGACGACAUGCUGCUAAGUCAAAUGUUUGUUCACGUUGGUUGCGUGUACUCAAAGCUUUAAUAAAUGACCUAUAUGAAGUUCA